AUGGCUUCUGAGAAAAAAGCUGGUCUUCUUGUUGUUCCUUCUGAUGCUCCAACCAUAUUUGACAAGAUCAUUAAGAAAGAAAUCCCAGCAGACAUUGUAUGCGAGGAUGACAAGGUUUUAGCUUUCAGAGACAUAAAUUUCCAAGCUCAUGUGUACAUUUUGCUGAUUCCCAAGGUCAAGGAUGGCUUAACUAGACUUUCUAAGGCUGAAGAAAAGCACCACGACAUUCUUGGUGAACUUCUUUACACAACAAAGCUUGUAACCAAACAGGAAGGUCUUCUUGAGAAUGGAUUCAGACUCGUGAUCAACGAUGGAAGAAGAAGCAUUAAGGAUAAUGCUAAAUAA